AUGGUGAAGGUCUGGAAUGCGACCACGAACUUCGGCAGUGGCGGCGAGCUGUCGAUUGGUGAGACGGGCCUGAUGCUCGUCACAAAGUUCGGCCUCCGGCGGUAUGCCUGGUACCGGCGAAACAGCACAAGCGACUGGGAGUCGCUCACGGGCCAAUGGAACAAGAACGAGGAGUUUCCGGCUGCGGAUGAGAUGGGCGCGUACCCGGAAACCUUCAGCGACAACCGCUACCAAGGCUACGCGCAUCCCUGGCGUGCUGGUCCUGACGGUCGGAUCUAUGUGAUGCUGAAGCGGAAGGCAGAGUGGCCAGCUGCAGAUCAGAUUCCUCUGUCCGGAACGAGAGACAGGUACGCGAUUUGGAGUUAUGACUUGGAUGACGGGCAGUGGAGGAGAGCCACUCCGGAUUUGCCAGAUUUCCAAGGAAAGGCGCUGAAGACCUACACCAGAGGCUGCCCAUUCUGCCAGGGCGUCUCAGGCUUCAAUGGCACCAGGGCAUCCUGGAGCGGGAAGCAGCAGGUGAAGUACGGGAAUGGCAAGCUCUGUGGGGCGGACCAGGACCCGGAGGUGAAGCCGCAGUGUUGGAAGCCGCAGGGCUUCAGCCUUCCGACCUGGGGAGGCAACCACACCCGUGGCCUCUACCUGCGUGCCUGCCACGGGGAGGUUCGCGUGGAGCGAUUUGUGCUCGCUACCGCAGACAACUUGACCGAGGAUGUUCUGGAUUCGCUGCCGCUGAGCGAUUUCGUGGAUGGGACCUGGCAAGAAGUGGCAGGUGAGCCUUUGGUAAUUGAUGCAUCACAGGCAACGCAGCUGUUCCCUGCCGGUGGCAGGAGUGAAAGUACGGUUCGCGCCACACACAGCGCCGUAAUCUUCAACGGAACCUUCGAAGUGAGGGGAACUCAGCAGAAUUCUGCCACAGAAGCAGCCCACGCGGAGUACAAAGUUCGCUUCCAGCCUAUUGAGAAGCUGAAUGAGAGGCGCUAUGUUUACUUGAAGGCGCAGUCCAUCGGCACGCCUCGACCACACGUUUGGCGCCAUUGUGUGGAUGUGCUGACAACAGGAUACUUCAACCAGUGGCAUCCGCGCUUCGAGUUCACUCGCCGCCCUGACGGCAGCCUUGCCUUCUAUGCCGGAAACACUGGCGUGGAUAGCGUGUCACGCUGUGACGAUUCGCCAGAAGCGCAGCCUGACAACGGCAUCGUGCUCCUGGAGGACGGUGCCUGGCGCCGCCUUUCGGGUCCGGACACCAAAUACCGCAAGGAGGGCUUCACAUGCGGCUGGGGGCAAUCCAAGAUCUUCGUCUCUGCAGAUCGGAAGACACUCUUCUCCACCGGCGGUUCAGGUCAGUAUUAUGCCUUCGACGAGGAGAAGGGCUGGUGGCUGCCUCUGGAUGAAGUCAGCUACGGCGAUGCGCGAGGCUUCUUUACUCAGCUCACGCAGCAAAGAAGUGAACGGCAGCUGGUUCACAGCGAUGGCAUCUACCAUCUCCCCAGGGCUAUCCACAAUGCGGACUGUGCCGUCACCUGGGACGUUCCUUUGCUGGCUCUGCCGCACCCUUCGGAUUCGCGCAAGGUCGCGGGCUUCCUCAUGGAGCUGCGGACGGACCCUGCCCAAAACUGCACAGGACUGCUGACGGGAGACAGCUUGAAUGACGAACGCACAGUUGCAGAGGCCCUGGCUGAGAAGAAGCCAAAGCCACUCCGACGCGGUCACGUGUGGCACGCUUUCGAUGAGUCGCGCCUGACGCGCAAAACGUUGCCGAUGGACUUGGCUACGUACCAUCCGCUCAACUCGCAGUGCCAAAGUGAAGUGGUGGUCAGCGCUUUUCUUUUGCAAGAUGCCACCCAGAUUGCCACUUGCGGGCGCUUUCCAUCCAUGGCUGAACCAGACCAGGUCGUGUGGCUGAGCAGCACCACAGGGCAGCGGCUGCGCACUGCAGCCCUGCCUGGAGUGGCCAGCAGCUGCCGCGAAGUCCCAGGAGGUGGCCCUGUCGGUCUUCUUGCCGCUGGUGACUUCGGCCUGAUCGGCUUGGGUGACGUGGGUGAGGUCUGGACCGCCGCAGUGACCGAGGUGGUCGCAACAUCUGCUGUAAGGGGUGGCCGUGUGGCCGUCGUCACCUCCAACAGGACAGUGGCUGUCUUCUCUGUGUCCUCUGGGGCUUUGGUGGCCCAGCGGGCUUUCGGCUACAGUUAUGUUACGGCUGCUGAAAUGUUUACGGAUGGCCGAGUUGCUGUUGGAGCUUAUACCAACAACAGAGCCACCAAUGCAGUACAGAUCGCCCGCAUGGAGAUCUUCAGCUCAGACCUUUCUGAGCGCCUCACGCAGACGUGGGGGAUGUUUUCCGCAAAGGAGGUGGACGAGACGCACAACAUGGCAGACACCAGGGUCUAUGGCCUGGUCCUCGAUGAUCUGGAGGAGCACGUCUAUGUGGCCGGAGAGUCUGCGGGGGGCAACACGAUCUUCCGCUGGAAUGGGCAGGACCUUUCAACGGGCACGGCCCGCGACACGGGCACCCCGAUGUGGAUGGCCAAGUCGGAUGCGCACGUUGGCUAUGUUGGCCGAGUGCGGGCCAGCGACGGAGUCGUCGUCGGAGGUACGUUUAUAGCGCCCAUCCUCCGCUCGGGCCAGCGGCUGAACACCUUCCGCAUGAAAGGUAGCGCCCUGCAGUUCGAUGGCGAAAGCAACUCCCUCUACGUCAUGGGAACUUCCACUUGUUGCAUCCCGGGCCGGACUGCCUUCACCCUGGCCGGACAAAGGGUGGAUGGCGGUGACCCGGCGGGAUAUGCCGGGAGUGACCCGAGCCUCGUGGCCUUCGACCUGGAGCUGAGGCAGCGCCGGGCCUGGACCACGUUCAGCCGCUGGCGAAACAAGGGAUCCCCAGCAGGACUCUCAGUCCAGAACGGCCUCUUGACCAUCGCCGUGACAACGCAUGGAGGCCAGGCCAUCACCACGCAGAAUGCGCUGUUCCCCAACGCCUCGGAAGCGGAGGAUCUGGCCUGCGAUGUGCCGUCCGACGCCAAACUCACGGACGUUUGGCUAGCUGUUUUGCCCGCCCUGCCGCCAGUGGGCACUCCGACAUUCCCCAAAGGUCGUGCCAGGCGUGUCUUCUUCGGUCGGCUGCGGCUGCGGGUGCGCUCUGCGGAGACCUUUGUCGACGAUGCCGAUGCUCGCCGGGGUCUGCGUCGCGGUCUGGCACGGGCGCUGCAGGUGCCUGAGGAGAACGUGAACGUGACCAGCGUCCAGGUUGUCCCCCUUGGGGGCCGCCGGCUGGCGAUGCUAGGAGAGUUACUCGUGGAAUACACGGUCACCGAAACGGAUCAGCCCAUGGACAUGGCGGCUGUGGAGCACAUGGUUCAGGAGGUCGAGGCGAACUCCACUGCGAUCCUGGGCGAGAUGGUCUCUGCUAUCGCCGAGUUGGCCCCAGAGUUCGCGACCUCCAUCGAGGAGGUGGAAAUAGAGGCGGCGUCAACCAGUACCGAGGGCUCAUUGACCUCAGCAUCCCUGACCCAACCUUCUACCACCAUUUCGACCUCGAAGGAGUUGCUCUCAGCAGAUGUCGCGGAGAGCACCACCACAUUCAAUGCAGAAGAUGCUCUAAGCUCGAGUAGUCAGCAUCCUGGAGCCUUCCUGUGGACGGCUCUUUUAGUCGCGGUGUACCGUACCAAACGGCUAUGA